AUGCGCAGUAGGGAGAAAAAGAAAAGGAACGGAUAUUCGGAAGAUGUUUCUUCUCGUAAGGAAGUACCGGAAGAUCAACAGCCAUUCCUACAGCAACCUACCGUUCAUCCACCACCAUUGGAGCCAUUUCAGGAAACUGUUUUGCUGAAGAAACCACUUGGCCUACGGAUUUGCAAAAAUACUCUACGGGUGACAUAUAUCGAGGAAUCUGGCGCAUCAGUGGGACGGGUAUCUGUUGGUGAUGUUAUCAUAGCUGUCGACGGACAAAAAAUUAGUACUAUCAAGGAGCUCAACAGUAUACUUAAAAAACCUUCACCGGUCGAAAUGGCGCUACAUAUUAAUGAUAUAGUUGACGUAACCGACAUGCUCGGAUUGUCAGUAAAAUAUGAUGCAAAAGAAAGAAUUCAAGUGAGUGCUACAGCUGUUAACAGUCUUUCAUCCUUACAUUUGCGUCCAGGCGAUAUAAUACGUGAAGUGAAUGAAUAUCCAAUUGCAAGUAAAACUAUGCUCGAUUAUUUCAUACAAGAAGCUGUCAUCGAAAAGGGUCAGGUAAAUUUUACAAUCGAAAGUUCAGCUGGAGACAUUGAUAGUUAUCGUGAUCAAGUUGAACUAGGAAGUGAUGUUCUAGAAAUUGCUCAAAAACAAAUCGUCCAAUUCCGAAUGGCUUUGGCUUCAAAAGCACUAAAUCGUCCAUCAGUACUGCGAAAACAGCAAGCAAGUAAAGAUAGCAGGAAAAUCGUUAUUUCCCGGGAUUUUGUUGAAUUACCAAUUGGAGCUGAUUUUGAUCCAUCAAAGUUAAAAGCAUGUAAGGGCGCUAAUGCUGAAAUGAGAAGUACGGAAAGACGAUGA